CCUGUUGUUUUUCUCUUCUACUACACCAGAUAAGGGGAUAGUGGGAGUCAGAGGGUGGUUUUAGUUUAUGUGUAGUUGUUGAUAAAUAAAUAUAAAUGGAAGAAAAGCUAUCAAGGGUAGCUAAAACCUUAAAACCAUCUCCAAUUCAGCAAUUAUCAUUUCUUGCUGAACGUACAAGCAACGCCCUCAACCUCGCUGAAGGCUUCCCUGAUUUCCCUGCUCCCCAACACAUCAAGGCUGCUGCCGUCUCUGCCAUCACCUCUGAUUUUAACCAAUACAGACACGUGCAGGGGAUAUGUGAUUUGCUCGCGGAUAAAAUGAAGCAAAUCCAUGGCUUAGAUGUUGAUCCUGCAACAGAUAUUGCCAUUUGCUGUGGCCAGACCGAGGCAUUUUCUGCAGCAAUGUUUGCAAUACUAAACCCUGGUGAUGAAGUGAUAUUGUUUGAUCCUUCUUUUGAAACGUACGAAACGUGUAUUUUGAUCGCUGGAGGAGUUCCUGUGUAUGUAGCGCUUGACCCACCAUACUGGACUCUUGAUGAGGUCAAACUUUCAAAUGCUUUUACUGCCAAGACAAAAGCUUUAGUACUUAACAGUCCUCACAACCCAACUGGAAAAGUUUUUAACAUGGACGAGCUAGGGCUUAUUGCCGAAUAUUGCAGAACAAAGGAUUGCAUAGCCAUUACUGAUGAAGUUUACGAGUAUAUUAUAUAUGACAAUGAACCACAUAUAAGCCUUGCCUCAUUGCCAGGCAUGCAAAAGAGGACCAUAGUCACAUCUUCUUUGUCUAAAACUUAUAGCGUGACAGGCUGGAGAGUUGGGUGGGCUAUAGCUCCAUCUUGCGUUGCAUUUGCGAUCAGAAACAUUCAUACAAAAGUUACAGAUUCUGCUCCUGCACCAUUCCAGGAAGCUGCCGUGACUGCAUUAAAGAGUCCCCCAGAAUACUAUAAUUCUUUGAGAGAAGAUUAUGAAUCAAAAAGAGAUUUCGUCUACAAGUCCCUUUGGAAGAUGGGUAUCCAUGUUGACUUUAAACCAUCAGGUUCAUUUUUCAUAUUCGCAGCGCUGCCUGAGACUUGCAAACUUACCGAUGUUGAGUUUGUGGAGGAAUUGAUAAAACAAGCCGGAGUGGUCGCAGUCCCUGGAUGUGGCUUUUUCCAUACAAGCAAUGAUUCUUCAGAGAAUGUAACAACCUAUUAUAAUCAAUACAUCAGAUUUGCUUUCUGUAAAAGUGAUGCUACUUUGACUUCUGCUGUUCAGAAAAUGCAACAGCUUGUCGAUGCAUCUGGGCACCUUAAAUUUCUUUGAACUCUCAAGAAUUGUAAUUGUAUGGAAUAUAUAAUAGCUCAAUUAAAAUGAAAGUAGACUUUUCAUGUUUAA